AUGGGUUCGAAGUACUCAUGGAGCUUUAUUGCACUUGUUUUUGGAGUUGCAUUUGCUAAUUUUCACUGUCUUAAUCAUGCAGAGAAAGCUCCAAAAUAUAGCUUUAUCCAAGAAGCAACCUCUGCUCCAGAAGUCUCGUUCUACGACUAUAUAAUCAUCGGCGGAGGAUCCGCCGGCUGUCCGCUAGCGGCGACGUUGUCCACACGAAAUGCAAAUGUCCUAGUCUUGGAAAGAGGAGGGUCCCCCUACGCCAACACCACCAAAAUAAGAAUGGAAAACUUUAUCGCUACUCUUACCGACAUGUCCCCGGAUUCAUUCUCUCAAUCAUUCAUAUCCGAGGACGGAGUUCCCAACAACCGAGCAAGGGUUCUCGGAGGUGGAACGACGAUCAACGUCGGGUUUUACUCGCGUGCCGAACCAUUAUUCCUAAAGCAGAUAGGUUUAGAUGAAGCAUUAGCAAAAGAUUCGUACGAGUGGAUUGAGAGGAAGUUGGUGAACAAGCCAGCUUCGUUCGAGUGGCAAACCGCAGUGAGAAAUGGGUUGCUUGAAGCUGGGGUUUUACCUGAUAAUGGAUUUACGUAUGCUCAUAUUAAUGGAACUAAAACUAGCGGAACUAUUUUUGACAGAAAUGGAAAUCGUCAUACCGCUGCUGAUUUGCUUGAGUAUGCUAAUCCGAGGAGGAUUAAGGUUUACUUGCAUGCUGUUGUGCACAAGAUCACGUUUAAGACUACAGAUGGAACGAGACCAAAAGCUGAGGGGGUCAUCUUUUACGAUGCGAAUGGAGGAAAGCACAUGGCAUACUUGAAAAACGAGUCGAACAAUGACAGCGAGAUAAUUUUAUCGGCAGGUGCGAUCGGCAGCCCACAAUUGCUAAUGCUGAGCGGCAUUGGUCCCGCGGAUCAGCUCCGGUCAUUGGACAUCAAGGUGGUGCUAGAUCAGCCCAUGGUCGGCCGAGAGAUGGGAGAUAAACCAUUAAACAGUCUUAUAGUUCCUUAUUCAAAUCACAUUCAGCUCUCACCGUCUACAAUUGUGGGAAUCGCAAACUCCGGUGAAAGCUACAUUUUGACGUUCAAUGGAUUUGAUCUGUCAGCCCUUUCUGUUUCCGGUGGGGAUCAGCUCCAGAGCUCUAAGGCACCCCAAGAAGCAGCGGCGAGUGCAAUGACAAACCUCGGAAUAAUAUCUGGGUCGAUUAAAGGUCCGAUAUCAAAGGGUUAUCUCGAGCUUCAAACCACAAAUAUCAGUGACAACCCUAGGAUAAGAUUCAACUACUUCCAGGCAGCAGAGGACUUAAGACACUGUGUCCAAGGUGUGCAAACUAUUAUCGACGUCGUGAAUUCCAAAUCGUUGUCGAGUUUCCGUUUCAGAAACAUGACGACACAAGAUCUUUUGAAGAUGAUGCUGAGCGUGCCACUGAACCUGAGACCAAAACAUCCCAAUGCUACAACUUCAUUGGAACAGUAUUGCAUUGACACCGUGAUGACGGUGUGGCAUUAUCAUGGAGGCUGCCAAAUUGGGAAGGUUGUUGAUAGGGAUUUCAAUGUCUUUGGAGUGGAUAGACUUAGGGUUAUAGAUGCUUCUACCUUUACUUUCUCUCCCGGGACCAAUCCUCAGGCUACAAUUAUGAUGCUUGGAAGAAACAUGGGACAAAGGAUUCUGCAAAGUAGAAGAAUGUGAUCCAAUCUUGUUCCAUACAAGUUUGCUUGACAAUUUGAAUUUAGGAAAAAUAAGUGGGUGCAUUAGACUC